UUUGAGUUACCAAAAGAAAAAAAAAAAAAAAAAACUUCGAGGUUUGAAAGAGAAAUUCCUUUAACGUGAACUUUGUUUCCAGUAAAUUUAGACCAAAUAUGAUACUAAGCAUGGCGUACGAGGUGGGAGGGAUUCAAAGUCUUCGGACUUAAAUUUCACUCAAAAAUUCAGACUUGGAAGCCUUCCACUUCAGACAACAAAUUUCAGACAUCAAAACUGGAAGAUUAAACACAUUGGAUCAUGGCAAAAACAUUCAGGUUUGAAAAAACAGAAUUGAAGACAUUGCCUGAAAAAGAUCACUUCAAAACUCCUCGGAGAGAAAAACUCUCAGAAGAGGAGAAAUGUAUUAUUGACAAUUUCUGGAAUUUGACUAUUACUCCCAGUCCCCCGACAGUUGCUAAAAAAUUAGCAUGCUGCAGGGCUCUUGUAAGCCACUUGUAUUGGGAGAAACAUAAGAAACCAUUUACUUGUUAUGUUAUGUAUACUGGUCCUAAAGCUGGAGUAUACUUAACAUGGGAAGAAAUUGUUCUUCUUAGGGAAGAACUUGAAACAUCCCCGAGAUAUGGAUCACCUUCAUAUCAAGGAUUUUAUAAAAUUGAUGAGGCCAUCGAAUCUGCAACUAAAAAUUGCGGAAAAGAUUUCAUCAUCUCUCCUGAUGUGAAAAAAUAUCAGGAAUACUUGAAACUUUUUAAAACACAUUUUGAUCAAGAAUUUUUAAACAAAAGUGGGAAUUCACCCAGUGCACUUGUUUUAGCAUCUUCUUCCUCCAUCCAAAAGAGGGAUUUAGAAGAUGAACUAUUUACUAAAUUUUCUGAGAAACUUGAAGCUCCUCCUCAAACUUCUUCAAAGGGUAAAGGAGUAUUGGUUUUAGAAAAACCAGCACAAAUUUCAACUGUCAUUCCCAGAAGUACUCCUCCUGUGAAUGAGACAACAUUUCAGACUUUUUGUCUUCUUCAAGAAUUUUUAGCCCAAGUGGCUAACACUCAAAUUAUUCAUCCAGGGAUUUCCACUACUUGGGAAUUCGAAUUCUCUUACAACCCUUCCAAAUUUUGUUCAAGCCAGUUUGACAAUUGCCCAGAAAACAAGGGCGGGCCAUGUUACUGUAAACUGGAUUGGGCAAUUAGAAAGGCCAAUAUCCACAUUCCUUCAUUCAAACCCUUCAGGUUCAGAGACUACCUGGUAACCAUUCAGACUUUAAUCCAAUAUGGAUUAAUUGAAUCCAUUUUCUUUCCACCAUUAUACUCUGACUUCUCAGAAUAUUUUCCAAAAUUUUUAGCUGAGACAGUCGAACAAGUAGUCCUUGAAACCCCAAGAAACACCCAAUUAAAAUUUGUCUCUCUUUACCCAGACUUUGAACAAAACAUUCCUUCAUUUCAUCUGAUAGAUGCCUCCUUCAAAGGCAUAGAUGAUGAAUAUACAGACUUCCCAGUCCAAAAUAUUGGACCAAAGACUAUCAAAAUUGAAGAACCAUUAGAGACACAAUUGGAUCUGAUUCGAGCUAAGAUCAUUGCGAGUGAGUUUGGCUGGACAGGGAAAAAAUGCGUUACUAAAAAACUCCUCAGAGAGGAUAGAUUUGUAAAAGUUUAUUGCGAUUCAAACAUUGCAUCAAAAUGCUUUUUUCCUUUCGAUGUUGAACACUCUAGACCCCGGUGGGUAGAGAUAUUCCGCAAUCAAAUACGAAGGCAAGGCGGCUCAGCAUUUGGAUCAAGACCGUUUUCUUCUGACUCAUCCAAAAGAAGGAGAUGUGACUGAAAGAAAGAAGAUACCAUUUGCUACAUUUUGAUAAUGAAAACUGGUGAGAAAAGCUUUCGCAGAAAAAAAAAAAAACUGGUGAGAAAAGCAAGUGGGAAGUAAAUGAAAGCCGAAACUUUUGACAUUUGGACACUGAAGGAGACUUUAUUAUCUAGCCUUGAAGUGAUAACUAGCGUUGAAAAAUAAGGCAAAGAAAGGGCAUGUCCCUUCAACUUUAUUAUCUGCUGUGUGUGUAUAUAUGUAUGAGCGUAUGUUUGUGUGUUUUUUUUUAAAGAAAGUAUGUGUGUUAAGGAAUAGAUCUUCUAAAAAAUAAAGCUAAGAAAGGAGGCAUGUUCCUUUCAAUAUAUGUGUGUCUAUAUGUGUAUGUGUGUUAAGGAAUAUAGAUCUUUUAAAAAAUAAGGCUAAGAAAGGAGGCAUGUUACUUUCAAUAUGUUUGUGUUUGUACGCGUGUCUUAAGAAAUAAACUUUUCAGGAGUUUAUUUUUAUUUGUA